AUUUUGGGGAGUGACGACGUGGAAGAAGGUUUAGCCGUCGCCCCGUCGACAUCGCACGUCUGCUGCUCGUCAGCCGAAUUUCCGCACGAUGAUCAAGAAGUUCGACAAGAAGGACGAAGAGUCCGGAAGUGGCUCGAACCCUUUCCAGCAUCUGGAGAAGAGCGCAGUUUUGCAGGAGGCUCGCAUCUUCAACGAGACGCCCAUCAAUCCGCGAAGAUGCCUGCACAUUCUCACCAAGAUCAUUUACCUGCUCAACCAGGGUGAACAUUUUGGGACCACCGAAGCCACAGAGGCGUUCUUUGCCAUGACCAGGCUCUUCCAGUCCAAUGACCAAACCCUGAGGAGGAUGUGCUACUUGACCAUCAAGGAGAUGGCCAACAUCUCUGAGGACGUCAUCAUCGUCACCAGCAGUCUGACCAAAGACAUGACUGGCAAGGACGACGUGUACAGAGGACCUGCUAUCAGAGCACUCUGCAGGAUCACUGAUACAACCAUGCUGCAGGCCAUCGAGAGAUACAUGAAGCAGGCCAUCGUCGACAAGGUGCCAAGUGUGUCCAGCUCGGCCCUGGUCUCCUCACUGCACAUGGUGAAGAUGAGCUACGACGUGGUGAAACGUUGGGUGAACGAAGCCCAGGAGGCGGCUUCAAGUGAUAACAUCAUGGUUCAGUACCACGCUCUGGGCCUCCUGUAUCACCUGAGGAAGAACGACCGCCUGGCCGUCACCAAGAUGCUCAACAAGUUCACAAAGUCGGGCCUCAAGUCACCGUUUGCCUACUGCAUGCUCAUCCGCAUCGCCAGCAAGCUUCUGGACGAGACAGAAGGAGGUCAUGACAGCCCUUUGUUUGACUUCAUCGAGAGCUGCCUGAGGAACAAGAACGAGAUGGUGGUGUACGAGGCCGCCUCCGCCAUCGUGCACAUGCCCAACUGCACGGCCAGGGAGCUGGCCCCCGCCGUCUCCGUGCUGCAGCUCUUCUGUAGUUCCCCCAAAGCGGCACUUAGAUACGCCGCAGUUCGGACCCUCAACAAGGUGGCGAUGAAGCAUCCCUCGGCUGUGACGGCCUGCAACCUGGACCUGGAGAACCUCAUCACGGACUCCAACAGGAGCAUCGCCACGUUGGCCAUCACCACGCUGCUAAAGACGGGCAGCGAGAGCAGCGUGGACCGACUCAUGAAGCAGAUCUCCUCCUUCGUCUCGGAGAUCUCCGACGAGUUCAAGGUGGUGGUGGUGCAGGCCAUCAGUGCUCUGUGUCAGAAGUAUCCCAGGAAACACAGCGUUAUGAUGAACUUCCUCUCCAACAUGCUGAGAGAUGACGGUGGCUUCGAGUACAAGCGCGCCAUCGUGGACUGCAUCAUCAGCAUCAUCGAGGAGAACCCUGAGAGCAAAGAGACGGGCCUGGCGCACCUGUGCGAGUUCAUUGAGGACUGCGAGCACACUGUGCUGGCCACCAAGAUCCUGCACCUGCUGGGAAAGGAGGGCCCGCGCACCCCGCAGCCGUUCAAGUACAUCCGCUUCAUCUUCAACAGGGUCGUGCUGGAGAGCGAGGCCGUGCGAGCCGCUGCGGUGAGCGCUUUGGCCAAAUUCGGAGCUCAGAAUGACGACCUCCUGCCAAGUGUCCUGGUUCUCAUGCAGAGGUGCAUGAUGGACAACGACGACGAGGUGCGUGACCGAGCCACGUUCUACAUUAACGUGCUGCAACAGAAGCAGAAGGCGCUCAACGCCGCCUACAUCUUCAACGGCUUGUCUGUGUCCAUCCCCGGUCUGGAGAAGUCGCUGCACCAAUACACGCUGGAUCCCUCGGAGAAGCCGUUCGACAUGAAGACGGUUCCUCUAGCCACCACGCCCAUCACAGAACAGAAAAUAGAAAUCGCUCCAGUGGCCACCAGCAAGCUUCCAGAGAAGUUGGCCCCGUCGCGCCAGGACAUCUAUCAGGAACAACUGGCAGCCAUCCCAGAGUUCCAGGGUCUCGGCCCGCUCUUCAAGUCGGCCGAGCCGGUGCAGCUGACGGAAGCCGAGACGGAAUACGUGGUGCGCUGCAUCAAACACACCUUCUCCCGGCACAUGGUGUUCCAGUUUGACUGCACCAACACGCUCAAUGACCAGCUCCUGCAGAAGGUUCUUGUGCAAAUGGAGCCAUCAGAGUCCUACGAGGUGAUUCACUACAUUCCCGCCGCCAGCCUCCCGUACAGCCAGCCCGGCUCCUGCUACACGCUCGUGCGCCUGCCCGACGACGACCCGACAGCCGUGUCGUGUACGUUCAGCUGCACAAUGAAGUACCUGGUCCGAGACUGCGACCCCAACACGGGAGAGCCCGACGACGACGGUUACGACGACGAGUACGUGCUGGAGGACCUUGAAGUGACCGUGGCGGACCACAUCCAGAAAGUGCUGAAGCCCAACUUCGGAGCAGCCUGGGAAGAAGUGGGAGACAAGUUUGAGAAGGAGGAGACUUUCGCAUUGGCGUCCGUACGCACUUUAGACGAGGCAGUGAAGAACAUCGUCAGCUUCCUAGGAAUGCAGCCGUGCGAGCGCUCGGACAAAGUACCAGAAAACAAGAACUCGCACAUCCUCUUCCUCGCUGGUGUUUUCCGGGGAGGUCACGACACGCUGGUCCGCGCUCGCCUCGCGCUGGCCGACGGCGUCACAAUGCAGGUGACGGUCCGCAGCGACGAGGAGACGGUCGUCGACGUCAUCCUGGCGUCCGUGGGCUAAAGCGCAACCUUUAUCUUUUACUUUUUUGUCGAAAUCGAAACACCUACUCUGUAAGAGAAAUAAACAGUUACUACAGCAACCUUU